AAAAUGCGUUGUUGUUGUUCCAAUCGCAAGUACCCGGAUGUUCGAGUAAAAAUAAACGAGUCCGCCAUUACUGCUGUAACUGAUGUGUGACGAUUGUUUUGUAUUCAGUAAAUAGACCUUGUCCAGUUAUCAAACAAAUGGAAAAUGGAAGCCUUAGGGGAAAUGACUCUGUCAAAGUUCAAAAUGUGGUCAUUACAGGCCUUAAAAGUGUUUCUGUCACUGAGAAAACGAUCGGUGAACGGCGAUAUUGACGAACUAGCAGCUAGAGCAUUUUGUGUUUGGGAGGAGAACCUUCCAGUUGAUGAAUCUGCUGAGCUGGCAGAAAAGAGACUACUGCAUGAGUACAAAGAGAAACUACUCGUUGAAGGCGACAUUGUGCCGGAUCCGUUUUCAUUGACUUCAGGAUGGAAAGGCGAGAAGACAGGUCUUCAAACAUGGCCACCAACCUACAUGGCAGACAUCUAGACGUUCCUACAGAAAACAACGCCAUAUGACAUGACAAUACAACUACUGAAUGAAUACAAACUAGGGAAGGCAUACAGAUAUUUCCAAAGUGGUUGGGUGAAGGAGGUUUAUAUUCAUGACAUAAGGGAAACAAGUGAUAAAUGCAUUCUAAAGACCAAAGUAACACCAUCACAAGCUAUCAACAGCAAGUGCUAUGAUGUGUGGGCUGUCAUAGAAAAGGACCAGACAGAUAGACCAGGUGGAAAAAUUCUGUCUGCCUACUGUACUUGUACAGCUGGUAUGUCGGGGUCUUGUAACCAUGUGGCAGGAAUGUUGUUCAGAGUAGAACAUGCUGUCAAAACCGGGGAGACAUCACUGUCAACAACAGACAAACUCUCGACAUGGAAUGUUCCCAAGGGAAAACCAGUCAUGAAAACUUUGAAUGCGUGCGAAGUGGAUCCGAUUGGUCAAAAGGACGUUAUGGAAGAGCGUCAGGUACAAGUGAUAACCGAAAACGCAAGAGAGCAACAAAACAAGCCUUUACUCCGUUAACUAAGUCACAACAGGACCAGUUGAAAAGUCCGGAUGCAAUGAGAAAAAUGUUGUAUGAACAUUUGAAAGAUGACUUACCACAGACUUGUUUUGUACUGAAUAUUGAAAAACGUAGAUUCCAAGAAGCACAACAUAGUCUGCCACCUAGUGUACAUGAGGUUGUUCGAGGAAUGAAAGGAUCCAAUAGUAUAAACAUGGACAUCUUGCUUUCUAAGCUCAAAUUAAAUGAAGAGCAGCAGGGAGUAUUGAAGGCUGCUACAACCGACCAGUCUUCUUCACAGGCAUGGUUAGAACAGAGGAAAGGCAGGAUUACAUCAUCCAUCUUCCAACGUGUUGCCAGCAGAGUUGCAACCUUACGUAAGAAUGAAGUGGCUGAACCAUCUGCUCUUGUAUGUACAAUUCUUGGUGAGAAAGCAGUGAAACCUUCAAAAGCAAUGAAGCAUGGACUUUCAUUGGAACCAAUUGCCAAAAAAGCCUAUGAACAAAUCAUGAAAAAAACACACAAGCUCUUUCAGUCGAAGAAUUCUGGUUUGACUGUGUGUCUUGAAAGACCUUACUUGGCUGCCAGUGCAGAUUUAGAAGUGCUUUGUAAAUGUUGUGGUAGUGGUUUGUGUGAAGUCAAAUGUCCUGAAAGCAUCAAAGCCACAGUACCCACAGUAGACAAUUUAGAUUAUCUGUUUACUGAUGAAGAUGGAAAUACAACCUUGAAAAAGAAUCAUACAUAUUAUUUCCAAAUUCAGGGGCAAAUGGCAAUCUUGAAACAGAACUAUUGUGACCUUUUUGUUUUCACACACCAUGGACAUAUAAUUACCCGUGUAAUGUUUGAUAAAUGUUUCUGGGAACAAACUGUUGAAUGCCUGUCAUGGUUUUGGAUGAAUCAUGUUUAUCCUGCCCUCAUCAAAGAUAAAAAGGAAAGCGAAAACGAGGCAUGUAAACCAAGAAGCGAAAAUGAAACCCCAUGUAAGCCAGUUGGAGCAACACCAUGUAAGUUGGACUACGAAAAUCCACUGAAAACGUCCAAUGACGUGCCAUCACAAACAGUCCAAAAUGUCAGAAGGGUCUUAAUGGCAGUUCAGCUGCCUACACAAUCAAAGCAAAAGAAUCAAACAAGGAAAAGGCCAAUUAAGAUAAAGGAAAAAGAAACAGUGUUCCUUUGCGGAGUUUGUGGAACUGACUGUUUGGACGAACCCACCUGUGCAGCAGAUGAGUCAGUGGGUUGUGACCGCUGUGGUGUUUGGGUUCACUAUAUAUGUGCAGGUGUAACUAGUGAAAAGCUCGCUUUGACUGAUGAAUGGUUUUGUUCGAAAUGCAGUGACAAAUAAAAUGAGGUGCAUUCUGAGAAAACUGGGCAUAAUGCAACAUGCGCUUAAAGUGCUGUCCCAGAUUAGUCUGUGCAGUCCGCACAGGCUAAUCAGGGACGACACUUGCCGCCUUUAUGACAUUUUUCAUUCAAAUGAUGUCUCUUCUUAGCAAAAAUCCAAUUUAGGCGGAAAGUGUCUUCCAUGAUUAGCCUGUGCGGACUGCACAGGCUAACCUAGGACGACACUUAAUACACAUGCAUUAUGCCCAGUUUUCUCAGAACACGACUCCAAUGGAUUUUGUUUUUGAAACAGCGCAUCUGAGUCAGUCAAGACACACAGACAUGUAGUGUUUUUUUGUUGCUUUGUGUGUAAAUGUCGGUAAACUAUUUCAUACAAGACAAACACAUGCUGUGGUUUUAGGUUGUUGUAUCAAUAUAAUCAGUUAUUUCUUGUUUUAUGUGAUUUGAGUCUUUCGAUGACAAUUCUGCGAUAUUAAAAAUGUAUGUUUUUUAUUGCUUGUUUACAAUUGAAAUUUAUAUACCGAAUAAAAUCAGAAAAUUAA